AUGCAGCGCCGUGAUGAUCCCGCUGGCCGUAUGGGCCGCGGGCCGGGCCCCGGUGGUGCCCGCCAAGGGGGUUCUCAGCAGCGGCGACCGCCCCGUGGAGGGGGGGGCCGUGGGAACGCUAGCGGGGCGCAGCCGCCACCGCUUCUGCCGCCCGGCUCUACGGGAGGCGGCUCGUCCGGUCAGGCCUCCUCCGGCAACCCCGCUCCCCUGCUGACCGGGUCCGCUGCCAAGAUGGAGCCUGAGAACAAGUAUCUGCCCGAGCUGAUGGCCGAGAAGGACAGCCUCGACCCGUCCUUUACGCACGCCAUGCAGCUCCUCACAGCAGAGAUUGAAAAAAUUCAGAAGGGUGAAACAACCAAGAAGGAUGAGGAAGAGAACUACCUGGAUUUAUUUUCCCACAAGAAUAUGAAACUGAAAGAACGAGUUCUGAUCCCUGUCAAACAGUAUCCCAAGUUCAACUUUGUGGGAAAGAUUUUGGGACCUCAAGGCAACACCAUCAAGAGACUUCAGGAAGAAACUGGUGCUAAGAUAUCUGUGCUUGGGAAGGGUUCUAUGAGAGACAAAGCAAAGGAGGAGGAGCUGCGUAAAGGGGGGGAUCCAAAAUACGCUCACCUAAAUAUGGAUUUGCAUGUCUUCAUUGAAGUUUUUGGACCCCCUUGUGAAGCUUAUGCUCUGAUGGCUCAUGCCAUGGAAGAAGUCAAGAAGUUCCUUGUCCCAGAUAUGAUGGAUGAUAUCUGUCAGGAGCAGUUCUUGGAGCUCUCCUAUCUGAACGGUGUCCCAGAGCCAGCUCGUGGCCGAGGAGUCCCUGUGCGGGGAAGGGGAGCAGCUCCACCACCACCUCCACCUGUUCCAAGGGGACGUGGGGUUGGUCCUCCCCCUCCUCCACCUCCUCCUCGGGGGGCCCUGGUGCGAGGAGCCCCAGUGAGGGGUGCCAUUGGCAGGGGGGCUGCUGUAGCCCGUGGAGUGCCUCCCCCCCCAGCAGUACGAGGUGCUCCUGCACCCAGAGCACGUGCAGCUGGCAUCCAGAGGAUACCACUUCCUCCUCCUCCUGCUCCAGAAUCCUAUGAUGAAUAUGGCUAUGAUGAUGCCUAUGCAGACCAGAGCUAUGAGGGCUAUGAAGGUUACUACAGCCAGGGCCAAGGGGACACAGAAUACUAUGAUUAUGGACAUGGGGAGGCACAGGAUACCUAUGAAGCUUAUGGGCAAGAUGACUGGAAUGGAACCAGACCCUCCCUGAAGGCCCCACCAGCCAGGCCUGUGAAAGGGGCUUACAGAGAGCACCCAUACGGACGUUAUUAAACCAACAAAAAUAACAAACAUGAGGGAAAAAAUAUCAAUUAUGAGCAAAAAAACCCCCAGUUGUUACUGAUUCUUGUAUCUCCCAGGAUUCCUGUUGCUUUGCCCACACCAGACAAGUA